UUUAUCUUAGUCCGUGGCUGUUAUGAAUAGACCGUUGUUUAUAGUGUUUGUACUUUUGUAGUUAAUAUGGUCUACUGAUAAGAAGUAAUUGUAUUCAAAUAAUAUAUUAUUUUAGUUGUAGACUUUAGUUUCGUGUACCCAUAUCAAUACAAAAUAAUGAUUAUUCAUUCAAUAUUGUAAAUCAUUCACAAACGUUUAAACUUUAAAAAUGGCGAAUAAUGAUUUGACUAGAGUAAAGGGAACUUCUAUUGUUAAACCAAUUAUAUAUGGAAACACUGCUAAAUAUUUUGGCCAAAAACGACAUGAAGAUGGUCAUACUCACAAAUGGUGUGUAUAUGUAAGGCCUUAUGUAAAUGAAGACAUUGGCACCUGGGUCAAAAAAGUUCAUUUUAAAUUGCAUGACAGCUAUGAAAGUCCAACUCGAGUGGUGCAGAAACCUCCAUUUGAGGUCUCCGAAACAGGCUGGGGCGAAUUUGAAUUAGUCAUCAAGAUAUUUUUUCAAGAUACAAGUGAAAGACCAGUUACACUUUAUCAUGUACUUAAGUUGUACAGCAAUGGACCAGACUCUGAACUAAGUGAAAAACCAGUUUUGUCAGAAUUUUAUGAGGAAAUUAUUUUUCAAGAUCCAUCAACUUUCAUGAAAUUUGUACUAAAUGAUACAUUGAGUAAAAAUCCACCAAUCGAUGAAAAAAACCUACAUUAUGAACACAUAAAGAAGACUACAGUUGAAAAAAUGAUAAAAUCUAGAAAGAGAGUACAAGAACACACAGUUAUGUACAAAGAACGAUUAAAAAAAUUAAGAGAAACUAUAAACAAGUUUAAAGAUGAAAUUUGUGCGUUACAAUCACAAUGCAGUUCAUCAACAUUGCGAUAAAUAAAAAUAAAUAGAACUAUAGCUAUAAUUGACACCCUUUAUCAAAUACACAAUUAUUAGGUACUUAUUUAUUCUAGUUAUUAUAUGUUAAUCGGUGUUUAUUUUUCUAGAUUAUUUUUUUGAUUUAAACGGCUAACAGUAUAAGCAUAAAGUAUUUCAUAAAUGAUUGAAACUAUGAUUAUAAAACCAUUAUUACUCCUUUUGGUUAGAUUUUAAAAUGUCUAUAAAUAUUAUAUCAUUUAUAACUUAUGGGACAAGUGUUUUUAUAAUUUGUAUGACUUCUUAAUGAAAUAACAAAUUUUACGUACUAUAAUCUUCUCUUAAAACGUCUCCCAUAUUUGAACUUAACUGGCUGAAGUAGCUUGUCAACUACACAAACUUACAAAAAUAUUUAGACCUCAUGUUAUCCUUAUAAGUACAAUAAAUGAAAAAUAAAAAUAAACCAUUAAAAAUCUCAUCUUACUUUUAAUUUAAGACAAUAUAAUAUGUAAUACCACCGGUUAUAGUUGUUACUUUCAUGUUUCUGAGCAAUGUCCAGGUU